AUGUUCUCCCGUUUGAAAUACGACAUGCUAUCAUGUCGGACUGAAAAAGUAUUGGAUGAAGGACAGCCAUGCGAGCAAGCAGGGUUUCGAAAAGGAUUCAGUACGAUUGACCACAUUCACACUGUUUCGAAACUCAUCGAGGUAUCACGCGUGUACAAGAUGCAGCUCUGUCUUACCUUCAUCGACUUGAAGAAGGCCUUCGACUCAGUUGAGACGGAAGCGGUCGUGGAAGCCUUGGAUAACCAAGGCGUCCCUACUCAGUACAUAAAGGUACUUCGAGAGUUGUGCAGUAACUUCACGACCGGAAUUUCGAUGGGACGACAUGGGAGUGAAGGUUGGUGGUCGGCAGCUACACCAUUUGCGCUUUGA